GCUAUGUUGGCUUCAGAACCAGCCAGAGGUUUGUUCCACAAAGCGUGGAUGCUUAGUGCCUCGGCAGUCUUCAACAAAACAUCACAUGCCGCUUCCAGAGAUAAUAUUGUCUUCUUGAAAAACACCGGCUGUACAAAUAUAACGUGUUUGUAUGCCCUUCCGGGUCCAGAAAUCGUCAAAGCAGUGCCAUGGGAUGUGUUUCCAUAUUGGGGAAUGACUGACCUAGGUGACCUUCCAAUAAAAGACCACUUUGAUGGUGCAGUAGCAGUUGUAGACGGAGAUUCUGUCACGUAUCCCCCUUACCAUGCCUGGGAACAAGGUCUCGCUAUAGAUGCCCCAUUGAUGAUUGGUACUACUGCAAAAGAGAUAGACUUUGAUCCAACGCUUUUGACUAUGAACACGUGGAACUGGACCGAGUACCAACGCCAAGUUAAAAGCCAUUUAGGGACGUUUGGACCUGGCCUAGCUGAGGAUGCGUUGAAAUUGUACCCAAUUAAUUUAACGUCACCCGAAUAUGAAUACACACGGAUGGGUGCAGAUAUUCGAGUGGGUUGUCCGAAUGAUAAAAUGUCCAGAGUUAUCAGUAUGGGUAUGAAAUCACCGGUAUAUAGAUACGUCGUGACGUCACAACCUUCAAAACCUGUUCAUCCACUCGGAUUUCCUUUUCCUGCAUCUUAUUCCUUCCAUAUCUGGGACUUGUUUGCAUAUUUUGACACCAUUAAAUACUACAUCAAGCCACCAGCUCCUUCUGAUCGAAAUUGUCAAGAUAUAAUCAGGCGGGAAGCUCUUUCUUUUGCUCGAACUGGCGCGCCCUCUACUGGAGGCUGGCAGCCAUAUUCACAAGGCAUGACCGCACUUUUGUCGGAGAAUAUUUCUGUUGUUGCCAAAUACAAGAGUAAAACAUGUUUGUUUUGGCCCGUGAACGGUUUGCUAGAUUACGGAUGGAUAAACUGAUUGCAUACAAAGAUCAUUUGUCGUUUUGUUAAAAGUUUGUUUCUCCGUAUAUCACACCGAUAAACUGUUCAUUUGGACGUUCGUUUAUUCCGUUUGAAUAUCAGUGUCAGGUAAAAUCGGUUUAAAUGAAAUUAAGUAACACGUUUAAUACAUAACACCAUAUGAAUGUUCCUAUUAUAUUCUUAGGGUACCGUAAAGCUUGUUAUUUUCGCGAGAUGAUAGCUUUGCUAUUUCGCGGGUCAUUGGCGUGGCCAUGAAAGUUUGAUACGUGAAAUUAUAAGACAUGGGAAGAUAGCAUCCGUGAAAUAAGCUGUAGGCAGCACUGUCGUCAUAUUGUGUUGACAUUUGCCGACACAGGAACCGCCAAUCAUCCAAAGUUAUUUCAACAAUUAAAAUACUUCUUACCGAAGUUGAUAUACAAUAUCAACAAUCACGUUAUAAACAUUUUGAUUUGGUUUACAUUUGCUAAACAGAAUAAGACAUUUUAUCUGGUGUAC